CUCUCUCUCUCUCGUUCAGACUCCGGUGAAAUCGACAACCGUUGAAGCCUUCGCCCUGCCUCCAUCGACAAUCGCUGCCGCCUGCCGCCGUAGACUGUCUUCAUCAUCUCCGACGACCUGAUUUCAUCUCCGGAUCCAGUCCACCAUAGUUACAGAAAACUAUAGAGACAUGGGCAAGAAAGGAUCCUCCACUGCAAUUUCUGGACCUCAAAUGUCAGUCACAAUCAGAGAAGCUUCAACAGGGAAGAAACAGACAAAUGCUAAAUCUUCAUUAAAACUACAACAUAUAAAGAAUCUUGCAAUGUGGGCCACUCGUGAUGCAUCUAUACCUUCAUUGGGUGCCUUUUUUAGUCACCAUUUUGCUGCUUCUUCCGAGGCUUUGGCAACACCAGUUGAUCCAUCCCUGUUUACUUGUCAAAGAUGUGAAACUAUACUUCAUCCUGGCUACAAUUGUACAAUCCGAAUUGAAAAAAACAAGCAAAAAGCUCGACACAAAGGCAAGAAAGCUUCUCAUUAUCCUCAAAACAACAUUGUCUACACUUGUCAUUUUUGUAUGCACAAAAAUAUGAAAAGAGGCACUCCAAGAAACACAAAGCCACCAAAGCCCAAAUCACAUCCGAAACCAAACACUAUACUGGCUCCCCUUGGGUCUACAAUAAACGACCCUGACAAAGGUAAAAUGGGUAUUUUAGUAAAAAACGACUCUGAUCCAGCAACUCCAACAUUGACAUUGUUGGAGUCCAAGAAGAAGAGGAACAGGUCAGGGGAUAAGAAGAAAGUGGCAAAUGAUCAAAAUGCAAAAAAAUCAGAGAAUGCAUCUACUAAUAGAAAAAGAAGAAAAUCUUGGACUAGUUUGAAGGAGAUUGCUGAAAAUAAUGACAAUGAUAAUCGCCUGAAGUUAAUGAACAUAACAAUCCCAUUUUCAAUGGAGUAA